AACGACUAGGCAUGUAAAAGAUAACGAACAGCUCACAUUGUUUGCAGAAAACACAGGCUUUUAAUCAUAUUUUGACCAAAUCACAUAGCGCCUUUUUCCAUUUUGCUAGACUUAUUCUUGAAAUAGAUAACGCGACACCCAACCUCCGACUCAACCUCGCUCCCGAAGGUGUGAAGAACACCAGACGGCCUGAAGACGCUCAGUGACAAGCGUCAUGCCUCGUCAACUCCCGUGGAAGAUCAAUCGAGAUGGACAGACAUCAGUGGAAGCCAGACAGAGUCCCAACCCAACAUCAACUCGCAGUCCGGCUCCUUCCAAUCGCCCCUCAAGGCCUUCGACAGCCGCGUCAAACCCGAGAUCGUCACAUGAAAGAUUCAACGCUCCUAGACCCAGCGCUGGUCGCAGAGGUCGUUCACCCUCAACAUCGCCACCGCCAGAACCGCCAAGUGAGGAGCUCAUGAUUGAAGGUGUCGACCAUGACGACCGUUAUCGCAUGGUAGAGGAUGAAUUCCUCGCAGUUGCUGGCGAGUUUACACGCCAUCUUCACGCGGCAGAAUACCAGCGUCUGAAAGGCCUCGCCAGAUCCCAGAAUGCUGAUACCAUCUCGAACAUCUCACGCCCCGUCACUGGCGAGAUGACCGAAAUGGUCAAGCGCCGCCAUGCUGCGCUCAACAUUGCAUCGAAACAACGAAAGGGAAUCACUCAGCUGAAGGGACUAUCCCCUCAGACAACAAGUGAUACCGAUGAUGAGGAAGCACCGUCACGAAAGCAGCCGAAUCCGAAUUCCCUCCAGGGACUAAUGGACAGCCCGCGUAAGCAAGCUGUACCGCUGACUUCGGUUUCAUCCCUGUUCCAGGGCUCAAGCCUCCGGGAAACAAGCCCUUCAAGUGGACGCAUGGCUCCUCCUGGUUUGAGGAGGGCAGAGUCAACCUUCUCGGUCCCGGUCAAGCGAGAGCCAACCCCAGACUCUGAUGAUCUAGACAGCCAAGCACCUUGGCCAAUCAGGCGAGCGUCGGCACAGCCAUCCAUCAAGCGCGAAAUGACAGCAGCUCAGGAAACAUCAUUCGCUGACUUUCCUGCUCCGCAGCCCAGAGCAAGAUCCCGCGCUGCUACCAUUGAGCCAUCAAGAGCAAUGUCACGUCCGCCAGAGCAGUCUCAAAGACAGGCAACUCAAGAUACAAAGCAAGAGGACGACGACGACGCCAACGAUUUUCUUUCUCGUAUUCGUGCUAGAAGACUAGAACAAAGACGGCGCCGAGAAUCCAGAGCACAGCCAGGAAUCAAAUCCGAAACUCAGGAAGCAGCCCUUGACGAUAUUCCAUUUGUCUGAGUGAGAACCUGUUGCUACGAUUGAUUGAAAGAUGACUCAACUUCAGUCUGAGAUUGAUAUGCACGCUACCCAUACACAAGAAAAAAGAAACGACAAAGAUGUUACAGCAUGACCCGCCUUGUUGCCUCUUCAACCCUUAUAAGGAGUCUCAAACGGCCUUUCCGCCUGGGGCGUUAGUCUCGCCAGAUGUCUCCGCUGGGCAUUCUUCCAGUCGAUCAGCGCCGAGUGCUGGGUAACUCUGUUGUCCCAAACGACAACGGUGCCUUCCUCCCACUUGACACGGGCUUGGAAGUCGGCGCCGUAGGCGAGAUGGUCGUAGAGGAACUUGAGGAGGACGUCGGACUCCUCCUUCUUGAGGCCGACGAUGUCACGGGUGACUGGACACGAACUCCAUCAGCGGAUGUUGCAAACAAUCAUGCAAAGAGACGGGGAUGCUUACACUGAGGAUUGACGUAGAUGGCCUUCUCGCCUGUGACGGGGUGGGUUCUGAUAAUGGGGUGCUCGUGGAUCACGGGCUCGCGACGGACGAUGCCGCCCCUCAAGGCCGAAGCAUUGGCCUGCUCGUGGGCAGAGUGGGUGGCCUUGAGGCCGUGAAGACGCUCCUGGAAGGCAGGCGAAAGACGGUUGUAGGCCUCGGCGGCGUUGACGAAGAGGGUAUCGCCACCAGAUUCGGGCUUGUCGAAAAUGUACAGGAAGGUGGUUCCAGGAGGCUGGGCCUCGUAGGAGACGUCGGAGUGCCAGGCUACGGACGAGGUGCGGUUGGCGAAGAACUUGUCGACUGAGUUGUCGCCUGCGCCGCGGUGGACGAGGUGGAUCUCGGGGUAGCCUUCUGGCGCGCCGCUGGUGGGGUGGAUGUGGUGUCUGCCGAAAUAACCGCCGAACUCGAGGGCUUGCUCGAUGGACAGAUCGCGGAAGUCUUGGUCGCGGAAGGCGACGACCUUGCGCUCGGCAACGAAGCGGGCGAGCUCGUCUUUGCCGGCGUCGCUGAGGGUGGAGAGCUGGAUGCCCUUGACUUCGGUGCCAAUGGUUGGGGUGAGGUGGGUGACGGCUGUGCUCUCAGGGAGAAGGUUGGGGAAGGAUGGGUCCGCGUCCUUGCCGUGCUCGUAAUGCUCAAACGGCUGGAGUGGGGGGUACUUGUCGUUGGGGUUCCAAGUUGGGAGGUAGUGCGGGUACUAGGAGAUGGGAAGGUCAACAAUGCGAAGGGCAGACAUGAAGUCCAACGCUGUAUCGACGGCAUACCUUGGCGGCUUUGUGGCCCUUCAGGCCGGCUUCAGCAUCCUUAUCGAACUUGGUUGUGGCAAUCUCCUUGUACGGACCCGUGGUGGCGUUGAGCUUCAAAUUGCCGAUGUUGGGGACCGUGGUGGUCUCAGUUUCCACAGCGGAGGGGGCCAUUGUGUCUGUGAAGUGUAUAUGGUGAAACAAUCUCAGACUCUCAAGUCUCGAACUGCUUUGGAUAGAGUUCAGAUCCGUCUUUCCAGCACACGCGACAUCACCCUCCUACUUAUAAGCUUCCGACAGUCCGUUCAAGGUAGUACGUCCUCUACCCCAGAUCACGACAUCCCGCUCCCGAACUAUGCGGGGGUUGGAUUGGCAAGAAAGGGUGGGCUAAGAUGGUUCAUCAGAGGAUGGCAUAGCACAUGGAUAGGAUUGCGCAACAGUUGGCCGUUCCAGUCGACGAGCUCUUCUUCGACUUUUAGUGGUACGGCACUUGUCCCUGCCGUUCUCUCUCCUACCCUGCUGAUCAGAAAGGUGGACGGUUCAUGCCAAACUCGUGGCAUGCAAGGGUGCCUCUAACCAGUGCCGAUUGUGGCUUAUCCCACCAAUCCGUCACAUCUGAUAAGAACUGCGAGGCAAGCCGGGACCGUGAACGGCAAUGGACAAACGGACAACGACCUUUACGUUGGAUGGAAGGCUUAGAGGGUGCUGGGAGAGCUUGUGUAUGGAGCGAUGCUUGAUGUUGCUAGACGCGGAGCGAAUCACGUCAUAUCGCGUAUCGGGGACUAGUGCCGCCCAUCGGUUUGUUGGUGCGCAGUAAACAGCACAUGUUUUUUUUCUUUCUUCUUGGAUUGGCAGUCUCGUUGAAUUUGAUAAAUUUCCCCAAGAAAGCACGCAAUUCCUUGGGACGGGGUGAGUUGAGGAGAACAAGGCUUAUUCCCGCCGUUUUGUAUCUUGGGUGGUGUUUAAGGACAGGUUAAGUCCGGGGAUCACGGCGAGCUGUGGUCACUGGGUCCGGAGAUAAGACCUUUUGCGAAGGGCUUUGGAGAUGUUUAUGGGAUUGGCGUUGUGAUCUAUCAAUAAACAUGAAAGAGAAAUUAGUCAACGUGGGUGGGAAGUUGUGUAGUAGUAGGUAGAUACGUUGUAUCCAAGGCACUUGGUCUAAUCAGUGAAGUAUGAACAGAAGCCCUAAUCUGUUC